CGCUUGCGCAGGACGCCUGGUAGCCUUUUAAUCUGCAUUCAAUCUCGCGCCUGAGAACCUUAAAUCAAUAUCCACACAAUGAUGUACACAUUAGGGCAACGUGACUUCGAGUUGGCGGUACGGCAGCAGCCCAAGUAUGCCUGCGUCGCCAUUGGUAAGGGUAAAGGUAACCCUCCUCGCUGAUGCCUCAUUCUCCAUUCCCCUGACCGGGACCCCCGAUGCACUGACACAACGAGCAGAGAGAAAACCGAUUGAUCCGCCACCCAUCGUGCAGCUCUUGGUCAACCCUAGGAAGGACCCGGCCAGGACCUUCCUCCAAAACCCGUACCUGAUCCUUACCGCCAGGCUCAUCCGCAAGGGUGACGAGGACAGUCAAGACGAUCAAUCGGCACCCAAGGAAAGCGACCUCACAGGUACCCUUGUUUCGUCGCUCUACAGCCUGAAAGACACCGACAAUAGCCAAGGGGGUUUCUUCGUGUUUGGUGACUUGUCCGUGAGAAGGGUGGGCACCUACCGCCUCGCGUUCAUUCUCUACGAGUUGCGACUGGCCGAGAAGGAGUGUUGGCUGCUGUCUCGCACCGUCUCGGACCCAUUUGUCGUCUACGCGACCAAGACGUUCCCCGGGCUUGCCGAGUCCACCUUUCUCACGCGCUCAUUUAGCGACCAAGGGGUGCGCCUCCGGCUCCGAAAGGACUCGCGCACCGUCUCGACAAAAAAACGCACCAUCAGCCAGGCGGAGCAGAUCCGCGCCUCCCAGGGGAUACACGGCUACCUGCCGCAUGACGCGAACCAUGACCUUAGCCCCAACGGCCACUCUCCGCAUCAUCUCCGCCGCGUAGACUCCCUCCACGACCAAGCUCAGCUGGACCGCUCUCGCAGCUACUACUCCGAAUCUCCCCAGAUGCGCGCCGGCGAGUACGCCUCCAGCCCAUACGGCUAUACCCCCUACGACGACCAGAAGCCGCUUAAACGCGCCCGCAUGGAUGGCACCCCAGACAGCCCACACCUCUCAGGUGGCAGUGGCGGCGGUUAUGAGACCGACGCAUAUCAUACCUACACCCACCACCACCCCCAUCCCCAUUCGGGUCCGCGUACCGUCCCCGAUCCUCUCGGCUCCAUCUACCCUCUCACAUCAACAAUAACCACCAGCAGCAGCAGCAGCUACACCACCACCAUCCCCUCCCAACCCGCCGUCCUUCCUCCCGUGCCCUCGCCCUACGGCUCCAUGCCGCGCCUCGACACGACGCACCUCCCGCCGCACUCGCCGGCGGCCGCGGGGCCGGGCUCGGCAACGUCCACCUUCUUGCAUGGAACUGCCGGAAGCGGCGGCGGCACAAGGAGGAGCCCCACAAUCGGCGGCGGCGGCGCUGCUUAUCCGUACCCGACACACCCAGGGCACGGCGGGCAGCAAGCCAUGUUUGCCGCCGCCGCCGCCGCCGCAGUGUCGCAAGGGACGAGCUUGCCUUAUCAUCCGGCGGUGACGGCGCACGGAGGGGAGCAUCACGUUGCUGCUGCUGCUGCUGCUGCUGCUGCUGCUGCCGCCGCCGCUGCCAAUGCUCAUCAUCAUCCACAUCCCGGUGCUGCGGCAGGGUUGGGAAUCGUCGGGGUUGGGGCCGGGCUAGGGGGGUUGGACUUGGACAGACCUUGAGCUGCAGAGAUCGAUGAUUGAAUGCACAUGGAUAAAAGAAACAACUUCAGAGAGAGAGAGAAGAAGGAGGGAAAUUAAGAAAAGGGCAAGGAGCG